AUGGUGAGGUUCUUCUCUCAGCGCCGCGGCGGCGGCGGCGGCGGCGGCCGGCGUCAGGAGCGCGACCUGCUGCGGCAGGUGAGGCGGCGGCAGCAGCGCGCGACUGACGGCGAGCGAGAGGGCGAGAGAGACAGAGGAGGAGGACGAGGGGUGAGACCGCGAACCGCAGCACGAUUCAGGCUGCAGGUGCCUCGUUUGGCUCUCCGUCGCCGUCUGAACGCGCUCAGUGGCGGUGUAUGUCGCCCCGCUCCUUGGCGUCGUCGGCCAAUCGCCUUCCUCUGCUACGCCCUGUCUGUCAGUGCUCUGCGGCCGCUGGCCAAUCGGGUGGCGUUGUAUCGCUCCUUCCCAACCCGCCUCCUGUCUCGGGCCUGGGGGCGUCUGAACGGGGUGGAACUCCCCACAUGGCUCAGAAAACCCAUCUACUCGCUCUACAUCUGGACCUUCGGAGUCAACAUGCAGGAGGCAGCGGUGGAGGACUUACAUCACUACAGGAAUCUGGGAGAAUUUUUCCGUCGCCGUCUCAAACCUGCAGUGAGACCUCUCUGCUCCUCCUCCUGCCUGAUCUCUCCAGCUGACGGGAAGAUCCUUCACUUCGGUCAGGUGAAGAACUCUGAGGUGGAGCAAGUGAAGGGGGUCACCUACAGUCUGGAGAACUUCCUGGGUCCACAGCAAGGGCAGAGCAACGACUCGUCGUCGUCCUUCAGAGACCACCUCCUAUCGAGUCCUGAUAACGAGCUCUUCCACGUGGUGGUCUACCUGGCUCCAGGUGAUUAUCACUGCUUCCAUUCGCCGGCAGACUGGAGGGUGGAGCUGCGACGACACUUCCCAGGCUCGUUAAUGUCAGUGAAUCCGGGCGUAGCUCGUUGGGUCAAAGAGCUCUUCGUCCUUAAUGAGCGUGUGGCACUCACCGGCCAAUGGCAGCACGGCUUCUUCUCGUUAACGGCGGUCGGAGCCACAAACGUCGGUUCCAUUCGGGUUUACUUUGACCAGGAGCUGCAGACAAACGCUCCUCGCUACAACAAAGGCUCCUUUCACGACCGCAGUUACGUUGCCAUUGGCGACCAGGUGUCGAAAGCGGGAGGUGAAGGGGGCGUGGUCUCCGUUGAUGCAGGGGGCGUGGCCUUAGAGAAGGGGGAGGCGGUGGGGGAGUUUAACCUGGGCUCCACCAUCGUUCUGCUGUUUGAAGCGCCGAAAGACUUCAGCUUCAGCCUGCAGCCGGGACAACGAAUCAGAGUCGGCGAGGGGCUCGGCAGCCUCUGAUUGGCUGAGCUGCAGACUCAGGGGAGGGGCCUGAUAUCCAGAAAUAGUUGAAGACGUUGUGGAUAAAUGCCUCUGUGACAAGGAAGCUCUGGAGGACACAAUGACAAGGACUCAAACUCCCAGAAUGCCUUGUGCCAAACUUUCUCUCACUCUCUGUUUCUAUUCUUUGUCUCUGUCGAUCGCCCAGAAAUUGAACCGACUGCAAAACUGUAAAAAUACAUUUUUCAUAAAUUUAAAAUCAUUUACACGAAGUGAAAUAAAAAGUUCCUCCGUCCACUGAAACUA